UCCAAAUUUGGUUAACCACGAAUUUUUCCGGACUUAAUGCAUAAUUUUCUCUCUUUCUCACUCUCUUUCUCUCUCUCUCUUUCUCCGUGGUAGAUCAUGCGAGUUCACCAUUGCAGGACCUAUGCAACAUGUUUGGCAUCCUAAUUAGAAGAAUCCAUCUCCUAACAUUCCAAUCCGAAUCCAAAUUCGAAGUCGAAGAUAAUCUUUAAUCAAUCGAUGAGUCAUACAAGGCAUUGAACGAUAAAAACUGAGGAAGGAGAAGGAAGAGCCAUGAAUGGAGUCCAUGACUUCAAAAACAACGGCGGCGCAACACAAGCCGAUGAUUAUCCAUCUCCCAGAGUUUUCUUCAGGAAUCGGAGCUUUGAUAAUUACUAUACCUCCAAUCUCUCUCCCUUAUCAGGAAGCUCAAGUUCUACUACUUUCUCAAGAAGCCCUUCUCUCUCAAGAACUUCAAGCCUCAGUAGCCGUACCCCGAUUCCCGCGUCAGCUUCAGCCAGCCGCCUCUUAAGAAGCGUGAGCCGCAAAAACAUCGAUGCAGCUGCUGCUGCAGCAUCUGCAGCCUCUCCUGCCCGAGGAGGCGCUUCGCUCUCAAGGAGUUCGAGCCGGAAGGUUUCCUCCACAACAAAUGGCUUUCCUGUAGCUCUACCUGCAGGUUCUCUCCCAAGGAGACUGAACCGAACUGGCUCGAUGCCAACUAUGUAUUCGAGCUUGUUCGGGUUGAUAAAACCGCCGGCUAUUGAGAAGAAUCUCGAGUGCACACUUGAAGAGUUGUGCUUGGGAUGCAUAAAGAGGAUGUUGAUCACAAGAGACGUUGUAACCAACAAUGGGAAAAUAGUAAAAGAGGAGGAAAUGCUAAUAAUCAAAGUGAAGCCGGGAUGGAGGAAAGGAAUGAAGGUUACAUUCGAAGGGAUGGGGAAUGAGACACCAGGAACUCACCCAGCCGAUAUAAUUUUUGUGAUUGUGGAGAAGAGACACCCGUUGUUUACCACAAAAGGCGAUGAUUUGGAGUUGUCCGUAGAAAUAACUCUGCUAAAUGCUCUUAUCGGUUGUACCCUUUCGAUCCCUUUAUUAGGUGGGGAGAAUAUGAGUUUGACCAUCGACGAUAUCAUACAGCCUGGCUAUGAAAAGAUCAUUGUAGGCCAGGGCAUGUCAAAGUCGAAAGAGCAACGAAACAGAGGAAACUUGAUAAUAAAAUUCGUAGUCAAGUUUCCAACAGAGCUGACUGACGAACAACGAACCAAUGUUUUUAGUCUUUUACAGGAUUCGUGUUGAUUGCUAAAUUUGUUCGUCUUUUACACAUUUUUCAUCAACAGUUUUGUAGCUUGACAAUCAAUGACAUCAUAUGACUUAGCUAACAAAAAAAAAAAUUCAUUGCAAGGAGGGCAUGCCAAAGUCAAAAGAGCAAGAAAAGAGAGGAAACUUGAUUGACAAAGGAACAAUGGGCUGAAGUUUUAUGUAGUUUACAGGAAUGUGUUGAUUCUGAAAUUUGUUCUUAUUUUCACAUAUUUUUCAUCAACAGUUUUGUAGCUUGACAAUUGGAGAUAUCAUACAGUCUAGCUAUGAAAAGAUCAUUGCGGGCAGGGCAUGCCAAAGUCGAAAGAGCACGAGAACAGAGGAAACUUAAUAUCAAAUUCCUAGUUGAGUUUCCAACAGAGUUGACAGACGGACAGUGAGCAGAUUUUUUUGGUAUUUUACAGGAGUGUUGAUCGUGAAACUUGUUCCACCUUUACAUGCUUUUAUCAACAUUUUUGUACUCGUGUAUUGUCAUGGAUUAUAGGCCUGCUAAACCUAGGAAAAUCAAAUAUUUCUCUGUAAAAAUGAAAGUAGAAGCUUCUUAAUAUAGUCUAGUGAUUGAUGUAUUAGAGUUUUAACUGGUGCUUGAAUGACACCAAUAAACUAUGGUUUAGCAUUUUCAGUUA